GAAAAGCCUUGUUUGAAAACAACUGGGCCGAGGCCCAAGACAAAUUAUCGCUUGCAGGUACAUCGUAACAUCAAAAAAGUCCUUUCGAACAGAUUCGCCUUUAAACUUUCGUCGUCGUCGUCGUCGUCGUCUAUCUUUUAUCUGUUUUCUCGAUUAAACUCUGAUCAUGGCGUUGAAUACCGGAAUCAGAUCUGUCUCAAAGAUCGUAGCUUCAUCCGAAUCAUCAAUCUCCAGAUCUGUGAGCAGGAGCUUCCACUCGACUGGAGCUAAGAAGAUGAGCGGAGGACAUGGCCAUGAUGAGCCGUACUACCUCCACGCCAAGCACAUGUACAAUUUGGACCGCAUGAAGUACCAAGGUCUCAAGAUGUCUCUCGGUGUCUUCACCGCUUUCAGCAUCGGUGUUGGUGUUCCCAUCUUUGCUGUUGUCUUCCAGCAGAGGAAGACCGCCUCUGGUUAGAGUCUCGCUCUCUCUCAUGGCUCUGCUCUUGUUCCUCACCUUGAAUAAUUUAUAUGAUUUCUCAAAACUUUUGCUUGUGCAAGAGAGAGUUUCUUGCUUCAUUUUGGAUCUAAUAUACAAGUCUUACCGUUACGGUAAAGUAUAUUUGUUUCUGUUUCUUCAUCAUUUGUUGGCUGUUUGACGCUGGAAUAAUGAAAAUCUGAUAUUGAUAUUUUUUUAA